CUCUCAUAAAUUUCGGGCGAAUAAAAGGAAAAAAAAUUGAAAGGAAAGAAGGGGAGUUUCCUACGAAAAUCAAGUGCUUUUUGCAGGUAUUUCCUUUUUGUCGAACAAAGAUUUUGAGGGGAUGGUUAUGACAAUUGCUUCAGACGAAACCACCAGCAUAUGCGAUCACUGUGACAGAGCUAUACCUUCUUCAAAUAUAGACUUGCAUUAUGCUCAUUGUUCUCGUAAUCUACAAAAAUGUAAAGUUUGUGGUGAUAUGGUUCCAAAAAAGCAUGCUGAGGAGCAUUUCUUAAACACCCAUGCUCCGCAGGUGACGUGUUCACUGUGUAGCGAGACAAUGGAACGUGAAAUCCUUGCUAUCCAUAAAGGUGAAAAUUGCCCCCAGAGGAUUGUUACUUGUGAGUUUUGCGAGUUCCCAAUGCCUGCUAUUGAUCUGGCCGAGCAUCAGGAAGUAUGUGGGAACCGGACAGAGCUCUGUCAUCUUUGUAACAGAUACAUUAGACUGAGAGAAAGAUAUAACCAUGAAAGACGGUGUAAUGGUAUUCCAGAAGACAAUGUGGGAUCUUCCAGGAAUGUGAGGCCAGCUGAAAGGGAGCAAGGUGCUCAGAGAAGGCAGCCGCCACCUGAAUAUUCAUGGAGACGACUUGUAUUCGCAAUUGCAAUAGCCGGGAUUGCCGUUUUAUUAGGAUCACUAUUUUUCCAGAAGACAAUGGAGACCGGUCUAGUAAUUUAAUUGUGUUGAUGAUGCACACUGGCUUGGUGUAAAUCAGUUUGAGAGCUUACGUACUCCUUGAGCGUACACCUUUUGAUGUAUUAAAACUCGAUUGAGCUUCUGAUCAUUUAUGGACAAUACCAUCGACAUAUUGCUUCU